GGACAUAUUCUGCGCAGAGCCCAUUCUUGCCGGUUGCAGAGUUUCACAGCUGUCGUUCGAAUUGAGCCAGAGAAAACUGUGUACGUUAUUACAAAUUCCCCUGUAAUAAUUGUGUGGGAAACUCUUGGCCUCCUCUAAUAGUGGAUAAUUUUUUUAAUACUACACGGUGGUACACGAGGAAAAAUGCCUCCAACUCAGUCUUUGAAAUCAUGUGUGGUUAAAUUAGGUUCUUGCAGAAAAAGUGACUCGGAGCUUGUAAAAAAGGAUAAAAGAGUGCAUUUUGCAGAUUCAAUGGGACUUGCUCUCGUAUCCAUAUUUUAUUUACCGCAACCUCCUACGAGAACGAAAUUACCUCAACAGCGAAGAUGCGAAGAGAAAGCUAAACUAUUAAAUUUUUUACAGCCAGUAGAAAAAAGAGACUUCAAUGAAAGACUUAACAGCCUUAACGUUUCCCUAGAAAAUAUUGUUCUGCGGAACUUUGGGGUCUUUGGAACAGUGAAAGUUCGGAAUCUGGCGUACGAAAAAAGAAUUACAGUGCGGUACACGAUCGAUGGCUGGUCAAGUUUUCGUGAUGUAGUGGGUAAUUAUGUACAUGGCUCUUACAAUGGAAUCACAGAUACUUUCUCAUUUGAAAUAGCUAUACCGACAACUCUUAUCAAAGACUGCAAACUGGAGUUUGCCGUGUGCUACAAGGUACUAGGAGUAGAAUUUUGGGACAAUAAUAGUGGAGACAAUUAUCGUGUUAUGUGCUAUUCACCGAACCAGUGGAAAUCUCGAGAGUGGGUUUAUAAUAAUAACAGUAGUUUGAACGUUUAUGGGCAUAUCCAAUACAGAUAUGUGGGCCUUGGAUUUUGAAAUGAAAGAUUGAAAAGUGUCAAGUUGAAAUCAGAUUUUAGCGAGAACUUCUUAGAAAGGACUUGGAAUCGAACUCUAACCCUCGUCUUAUAGCGUCAAUAAGUUUCAGGAUGCUUAUUUUAGCAGAAGUAGUUCGAACUUCUUCAAACUUAAUAUUAUUGAGAGUUUGAAUUUUUUUACCGGCAUCAUUUGGUCAGUAUAGUCAUUUUUAAUUUUUCAAGGCGAAAGUCAAGCCUCGUAAGUUGAGUUGUCUUCGUAACAACAUCGUACGUUGCUAACUAUUAAAGAAUUUUGUACUCGUGUAUAGAUCAUUUUGUAUUCAAAGUCGAGUUGGCAUCUUAUUUAUUUCAUAAUUGGUUAUGUAAACGGAGAGAUAAAGUAAAUUA